GCUCGCUAGCCCUCCCUUUAUCUAAAAUCAAUAAUUAUCAACAGCAUACGUUUAAUUAUGUAAUUAUUUAGUAUUUUAUUAAUAUAUUUUAUCUUUGGAUUAAUGUUUCCUCACCUAUGGAGUCCCUAUCAUGCCCAGCAGAUGAUGGCGAUAUUUCUCGCGGAGAGAGGAUUGGUCAUUUACCGGAAGUUAUUGUUGUCAGCAACAGUUGCGGGGGUUUCAUAUUUUCCCUUAGGUAGCUAACAGUUGGGAAGCUAUGUUGUAUCGUUAGAUUUUGACCUCGGGUUGCAAUGAAUUACGUUUGUUCAAAAUAACUACUUUCUACUGAGUUUUGUCGUGCUGUGCUUUCAACUUUUUAGAGGUGUUAGCCAGCUAACGUUAGUAACUAACUUAGCUACCGUUAGCAUAACGUCGUCAUUAAACAAUCGUGAAGCGGGAUAUUUAAAUGUUCGACUUGCUAAGGAAAAGGACGACAUUGGUUGUUUAUUUAUAUCAACUCCCACGGCUAGUAACAACUGUUAUGUGUAAUUCCUGAUCGGGUCUGGUGUUGAGCAAGCUAGCUAUCAAGUUAACGUUAACGUUACUAGCUAUCAGACAAUUACUCUGCUGCAGUGCUCGCUACUAGAUAAUCAACUGAGUGACAGAGAGUCGAUCCGAUAUGGCUCAUACUCUUCUGAGCCGAUCAAAUGAACUUCUGAACUUUACAAGGAAUAUAAACCUUGACGAAUCCACUUCAAGUUCUGACGCUGGAGACGUCUUGAUUCGUGCAACUAAGAUUCACUUUCCUGAGCAGAGCUAUGAAGGGCAGAGGGAUUUGGGGUUGUUGUCCACCAUAUCUAAUAAAACAGACAAUGUAAAGAUAACAGUGAAGAAGUUGCGUAAUGUUGCCCAGCCCUCUCUUCUUGACGAGCCACCAAAGAUCGAAAAGCAAAGACAAGCAAGGAAACAAGAGCACAGGCAUGUGCAUCCUGCCCUGCGAGCAAGCCUGCCAUCAGUUUCACCCUCAGAGGGAACGAAAGCAAGCAAAAAGAGUCCCAUAAAAAGUGUCCCACAAAAAGAGUCCCAUUUUCAGGUUCCUAAUAUAGAUGGAAAAGAGACACCAACCUCUGUUCAACCUAAGGGCAGUGAGGACAAAGGCCAUGAUCUGCUAAUAUCCCGAUAUGCUGGUGGUGGCAAAGGGGCAAUCUUGGCAGCUCUAAGACAGAGGUCUCAGACUGCCCCCUUGAGGCGAGAGGUGAAGGUGCAGUUACUGGACCAGGGGCCACCAUCGAGCCAGAAGCCCCAGCCUGCCUCUGUCCUCUCAGGGGAUAAGGGGGCUGCCUCCACUGCAGCCAUGGUCACAACCGCUGCCACAGCACCACUCGUCACGGCUCAGAGUGACAUGGAUGCGUGUGUUUCCCAGGUGUCGGAGGGGCUACGGAGACUGCUGGAGUCAGACAGGUACCCAGGCAGGGCUCAGGAGGCCAGAGAGGACAGAGCAUCAGAGAAGGUGACCCAGCUGGAGGAGCAGCUCAACACCGUAACCCAGCAGAGACUGCAGCACCUGGAGUGGAUCCAGAGCCAACAGAUGGAGCUGCAGAACCGUCUCCUAGGUUCUGCUUUGAGUGUAAUGACUGCCCACGCCCCUCUGCCCUCACCCUCCAUGCUGAACACUGGCCCUGCUGCCACUGUACAUCCAGAACCUCGGCUUCCUCAGGACCUCCAAAUGACCCACCUUAAUGCUGCAGACUCUUCCGCUGCUGUUCCAGCCACAGCCUCUCCAGACCCAUUUAGCCAGCAGAGGGGAGGAGGGGGUAAGAGCCCCCUGGAGACCCCAGCUCCUCGCAGGGUCAUCCCAAAGCCUACGCGCUGGAACCCCACCAACAUCCGGAACACACAGAACACUACACAACAGCACAGCUUCAGGACACAGAAAACACCUCGCACAGCACAGCAAGAAAAUGGCAGACUUCUGGAGGCUAUCCCUAAUAGCAGCAGCAGCUUGGCAACCAGAGGUGUGCAGCAGCAGUCUUCUGCUAGGGUUGCUAUAGCAACGCCCACUGCCGGCUGCCAGCAACCAGCGCAAUCCAGGGAAGGCCAACACCAGCAAGAGGUCUCUAAUGUUACCUCUGGGGUUAGAGAGCUGGUCACCGCGGCAUUGGCGAAGCACAGCGACACGAAUCACCAAGGUAGAGGAGAAGGAAGUCACCAACCAGGCCUCCCAUCAUCCUCUGGGGUUCCUGCGCAACCCACCUCAGCUGUGAAACGAGCCAAUGAUAUACUUCAAGACCUGGGACGACUCAAAACUGAGAUGCAGACCCUGCUGCAGGCUCGCGAUGCCUUUCCUGCUGCAGAGAGCCGAGAGACUGUCAGAGAGACGGCAUCAGCCAGGACCAGCAACACCACAAGCAGCAGCAAGCAGCCCGCUAUCCCCGCUCCCACCACCACGCACCACCCUCCUCCUCCUCCCUGCGUCUCCAUGUCUCAGGAAGAGGUGGCCGUUGUGCUCCCUCCAGUCCUCCCCCUCCCUCCCGCCAGGCCGACCCCCACCCUGCUGCAGCAGAGCCAGCCGUGCCCCUCCAUGUUUGAGGAUGCUGAGAGGGUCCUCCGGCAGGUCCAACGACACAAGAAGACCCUGGAGGAAAAUCUGGAGGCCAUGCUGAGGGCUAAAGACGGAGAGACCCUGCACUCCCAGUUAGAGGCACUCUCCUGCAACAGGGACACCACAGAAGAAGUCAGGAUUAAGAAGACAGUGGAUGCAUGGAUCAACGCCCUGAGUAAGGAUAUCCAGGCCGAUAUUACAAAAGAACACCUUGUUGCUCAGAUGAGAGCUAAAGACAAAGUCAAAGAGUCUACUGCUGCUGCCGUGUUACUCCAGAAAGACAGAGGGACCAAGAAGGACAUCAUCACCUCCAGGCUUAAUGAUGUGAAGAGCAGGAUUCAGACUGGUGGACCUCGAACAGCAGGAAGUAAGCCCAGUCAGAGAGCAGCCAGAGGACAGACAGAAAGCACUGAGGAGCUGAUCAACAAGUGCAAACAUACCACUGGCCCCAAUGUGAGGCUGAGACCAUCUCCAUCUCAACAGGCGAGUCAAUGUGGAGAGAUGAAGUCAGACCAAGGUGGAGAGGAGUAUUUGGUGAAACUGUAUGGGAAGGCUCUGUACGAAGGCAAUCGGAGGACACUGAAGAAAGGGCCCUAUCUCCGAUUCAACUCUCCCUCCCCAAAGUCCAAAGCCCCGCGGCCAAGAGUGGUAGAGAGUGUGAGAGGGGUGAAGAUGAAGUCAUCUAAGACCCAGACCAGUCUCCCCCAUGGACAGUCAGUCUCCUCUCCUCUGUACCCGGCUGUACCCAGUGAACCUAAGUACAUCUUCAGCCCGACCCGUGGGGGAACCCAGUACCACCCUGGGACCUCGCUGGAGGGGUACCUCAUCCCCAUGGCCAUCCCACUGGGCCAGCCCAGAGUGGAUGGAUUGGCCCCGCAGCCCUCCCGUGUCCUCAUCAGUGACCGGCCAGUGAUGGUGACCACCUCCAUGCCCCCGUCCCCACCCAGACCGGCCCCUGCCCCCCGCAAACCCACUGUGGCCAUCCUAGAGGUGGUGUCUGGUCCUAGGAGAAGACAACCACAGCUCCAAGUGCAAGUUCAGCCCAGUGUGAAUAUCGAACCCCUCACGCCAACUCCAACCCCCAGCCUGAGCCCAGCUCCCUUUCCAUCAGCACCACCUCCUCCUGCUGCUGUCCUAUCUCCAGACAUACCGAGUGUGGAGGAAACGCAUGAUGAUGAGGAGAGUGUUUUCCCAGGAACACAUUUCCUGGAGGUUGCUGACAUUGCCCAGGAUCCAGAGGAGGAGGCGGAGGAGCUCCAUAAUGGUCCUAUAGAACUCAACGGUCUGGCCUCUCCUCCUACUGCAAUGUACCAUGGCCCUUUGUUCCCCUGCUACCCUGCAGAGCCCUUACCAGCCCCAGACCCUGUCCUCAGCUCCAUCCAACACAGAGAGACCCUGGAGAACAGGCUGGUUGACUGGGUGGAGCAGCAGCUGAUGGCCAGGAUGAUCUCAGAGAUGUACCAACCCCCUCUAGCUGACCCCGCCCAGAACCAGAGCCCUUCCCACUCCGAGCCAGAGGACAGUGCUACCUCUGACAUCGUGGAGGCUGCGGGUGGAGAGGGCCUACAGCUGUUUGUGGAUGCCAGUGUUCCUGUGGACACAGAGCUGAUCAGACAGUAUGUGAACGAGGCGCUGGCAGAGACCAUAGCCCUGAUGCUGGGACAGAGAGAGGGACAGGAGAGACCUGUAGCACCAGCCAAGCCUCAGGAUCUUCCGCCACAGGAGGAGCCCUUGGUGCCAACCCCAGUGCCCACCCCAGAGCCCAUUAUUAGUCCUGGGCCCCCCAGCAGAGGCCUGUCACCCCUUGCCACCCCACAGGCUUCAGAGCAGGGGACCCCCCUUCAGUCACCCAGAGAGCCCCAGCCUCCGGAGCCCCACACCUCUACACCUGCAGACCCGGAGCUAAUAGUGACCCCCGUCACCACUCCAGCCCCCUCUCUCCUGGUGGUGUCUCCACCCUCUGGCCCUGCCGGACCCUGGGGAGAGGCAUCGCUGCCCCUGGCUGAGGAGCAACCCCACAGCCCUGCAGAGGAGCAGGAGGAGCACAACAAGCCACUAGUGAUGUCAGUGGCUGAGGAGGAACCUGUCAGUGUGCCUCCAAUCCCACCUGUAACCUCCAGCCCCCAGACCAUGCUUCCCAGCUCCCCUACCCCACCACCCCCACCUCCACCUGGGCCUCAGACCCCCUCCUCUCCCUCCUCCUCCUCCUCGUCAUCGUCGGAGAGUAGCAGCAGUGGCAGUAGUUCCACAGUCACUGGGACAGACACGGCUGCUAGACACAUCUCAGAGGGAGAGCUGCUCCUCAGCUAUAGCCAGGCGGCAGCAGCACGAGCCUUUGAGGAGGAAGGCUUCUAUGUUCCCUAUCUGAUCAACAGCUUCUCCAGCUCCCUGCAGGAGGUCCAGGACAUGGAUUACGACCCUCCCAGUGAGGGUCAGGUCAGGAGGCCUGUCAUCCCGGCCUACCACGACCCCAUCCUGUCUCUAUUGGCUAAGAUGGACCAGGGGGUCGCCACCCAGACACGCCCUGACCCGGAGGGGUCCUGGGAGGAGGAGGGAGAGGAGGAGGGAGAGGUCAGCGAAGGCCAGAGACCCAGACUGCAUCCUGCAGGGGAGAGGCUAGUGACUGGACACCCCCUCACUGUCCAGCCAAGGAACAGGACAGUGACCAGGACGGGGACAGAGCCUCACCCCAACACCAGACAGGGACGCAUUUCCUCCCCAGGACAGCUCACCCUGCAGUCAGCAGAUGUUACAGACGCAACGAGCUUCCAGGACACUCAGCGGCCAGUUGACAUCAGAGACCUGGAUGUGGAGCCGGAGAUGCCAUAUCAGCCUCCUCAGCCUGACACCUCAAUGUCACCUCCACCGAUGGAGGGCUCAGUCUCCCACAGUGCACCACAGGCAGCUGAGUUGUCUGGUCUUCCAGCUCCCAGACCUGCCCCCAUCCUGGUCAGGCAGUUUCAAAAGACCAAUGGUGAGACGUCAGAGAAACCAGGGGAGCAGGCUCAGCAGGGCUCCAGAGUGGUGGCCAUCCGGCUGCCCUUCACUGGCCCGGAGGAAGAAGAGGAGGAGGAGGAAGAGGUCUCUGUCAGUCUGGGGCUCAGCACCAGAGGAGGAGUAGGAGACACAGACUCAUCAGGGAAUGACAUGUUCUAGUCCUGCUGACCUCCUUUAAUCAUUACUGAGACAUUACAUCGAUGGUGAGACCACUAAAGCCUUCUUACCAGACCUGAACAGAGCUGAGCAGAGAGAGAUAACAUUCCAUUUCUUGUGAAGAUCUUCAGACAGUUGCUAAUUAUUUACCUCUGUAACCAAUAACCAUGUGUUUGGACCAAUUUGCCUGUCAGAUCAUCAAUGUAUUGUAUGUAGCAAUAAUCAAUCAUUUAGAUUGCCUCUUUUUUAUUUAAAUUUUUUACCAAUAAAGUUGAUACUUUUUAAUGUUUUAAUAACAACUGUUAUACCAACUGUUAUCUGAACUUCAUACUUAACCCUAUGCAAAUUAAUUAUUUUUCAUUCAAAUACAGAUAACUCCAGGCAUAUCAGUUAUGUGGUUGUUUUCAUAGCUACAUUGUGAUAUUCAGACAAGUCAGCCAGUCAUUCAAAUGUUUAGUUUAGUAAUUUCCCAAGCCCAUGUAAACAGUGUGAUGUCAUUGUCAUGGUAAUGCUACUACAGUACAUUGCACUAGACUAGGAGAUUGGCUUUUCCCCUCAUUACACACCCUGCUGCCCCAUAAGAAGAUAGGAUCUGCGUCCCAAAUGGCACCCUAUUCCCUACAUAAUGCACUACGUUUGACCAGGGCCCAAAAGGUAGUGGACUAUGUAGGGAAUAGUGAAUUUGUGACUCAGGCCAGUAUAUCUGAUGUUGGUGUGCUGUACGCAACACUAACAACGCCAGCCUAAUGAGUAUCCUGUUUCAAUUCACCAAGUGUGCCAAGAGGAGAAACUAUAUGAACGUUCCACUCCCUCCUUGCCAAACCAAAGAGAAGAAGUCAAUGGGUUAGAGUUGGGCCCCAUUUCUUAAACAAAGUUCACCAAAUUAAGGAGAUGUUGAAUCUGCUAUAAACUGCUGCUCAAUCUCUUUAUGGGGCAGCCUGGAAUCCAAACUGAAUAUCGCUCCAUUUGACUAGUGUUUCACUUCACUGAUAGACUGAAUCAGUGAAGGGUUGUAGCUGAGCAGAGGAGCGGUAUUAAAUGUGGCUCCAUGUCAGGCCAUGCAGUAGUCAUAAGUCACGAUGAUGACGAGAACGAGGAAAUGAGAUUAAAGGAAGGAGGGCAGAUGAUCUGGCAUGACACUGACCAGGAAACUGCACCUCUAUCUGGAACAGCUCUCUCUCUCAUUCACUCUCUCCCCCUCACCCCAUCUCUCUCCCUCCCUCUCUCUCUCUCUGCCUUGUAUCUUCUUUGAAAUUGUAAAUAGUAUUUUAUGUAACUUGUCUUAAGAUUGAUUUCAGCUUUUCAACGGCAAAUUCAUCCUACAUUGUUGGAGUAGUUUUUUGGAUGGACAUGGUCUGUUGAGAAAUGCUUCCAUUACAGAAAAUCAGGUUUGUGUCCCAAAUGGCACCCUAUUCUGUUCAUAUAGCCUUAUUUGCCCUUGUCAAAAGUAGUGUGCCAUUUGGGAUGCAGACAAGGUCUUCCAGUCCAUCUGGGACCAUGACACACAUUCCUACCGAACAGUAAGACUUCCUACACUACAGUACGAUGACCUCAGA